CUUAUGACCCCGACAUGUCGGAACUGCUUCCGUCUUUCACCAUUGGGUUGGCGUGUACUAGUAAGUGUGUAUUCAUUACUGUUAGUGUGGAUCAGAAGGGUGUGGCAUUAGGACGCAGAUACGUGUUCGCCUUGAAGAGCAACUAGUGCCGUACCAGAAACGAUGGAUACAAAAAUGGCCGAUCAUGAUGGCGACCGUGUUCGAAUCAUCUUGUGGUAUGUCCCUAGGACAGUGUCCAUUGCCUUUAUCAAAUGUUUAAGCGCCAUCGAAGGCAUGGAGGUGUGGUGCGAGGCGUUCUCCUACGCCGGAAUGGCCAGGCGGCAGUACCUGGACACGUAUGGCAAGGAUAUUCCUAUGGAGUACAAGGGUAACGAGGAAGAGGCCCAUAAGGGGGCGAAACUCUUCGAGCGCAUCGUGAGAUCGAAGAUAGAGCCGGACCGGAUUGUGUAUGGCAACCUGAAAGAAAGAUUCGAGGCAUCCACUAGCAAAUACGUCAUCUCGAAGGAAAUGUUCAUCGCCUUUCCUGAUGAGAAGGCCAGGCGGUACCUGCCAUCGGGAUGUAGACAUGUUUUUCUUAUCCGCAAUCCGUAUCGGGUCUUCAGUUCCUACCGAAGGGCCAUCUACGAACAGCUCAAGAGCGUAGGUCUUCGGUCCGGAGAUCCUCAUGAUAGGGAAUCAUUCGACCUCCGCAAGGACGAUCCGUCCAUCGAUCCGAACACGAUGUUCGUCGGGCUCCACGAAGUUUGGAAAUAUAUCCGCGAGAAAGUAGACUCUAACGCCAUCGUCAUCAACACCGAUGACCUCCUGACCAACCCUGCUGAUGUGCUGUCCAAGUUCUGCCAUGAAACGGGUCUACCGUUCUCAGAAUCGCUUCUUCAGUGGGAUGCUUCUCCAGACGUGGUCAAGACAUGGAAAGCAGCAGGGAACGAUGUUAUCAUGAGCGCCAAGGCUUUCUACCAGACAGCGAUCCAUUCCAGCAGGUUUCUACCGCCGAGACCCGACGUACCUCGGGAAACGCUGUCUCCAGAUGUCAGGCAGCUAGCUGAGGACGCAAUGACUUACUUUCAAGAAAUGGACCGUUUUAAGAUUUGA